ACGAGCUUAACGAUUUGAAGAGUCUUACAAAUUAUUAAUGGGCUCUUGCUUCUCUUAGCCCAAAGAUGGAUUGCCCAAUAUAGAAACGUUGUCGUUUCACUGAUAUCAUCGUUACAUACAUGCAAAGAAGUAAGAAUAUUUUGAAAAUACCAUUUUCAUAGUAAUAUAUAUGUGCGUGCCGACGACCUUUUUUAACGAUGAACAAGUCAGAUAAGUAAUGUCUUUUGAGUCGUUGACCUCUCUCUCAAUCUUCCAAAUAUAGUGAUGAUGUCGGAGACUCACAGCGUUGAAUCUAGCGGCGAAGGCGGAGGAGAGAUUAAUGUUUCGGAUUGGUCGCCUUUCGACACCUUGACGGAGGAUUGCAUCUCCAACAUAGUCUCCUUCACAAGUCCACGUGAUGCGUGCGUCUUCACCUCGGUUUCAAAAACCUUUAAAUCUGCGGUUAAGUCAGAUAUCAUAUGGGAGAAGUUUCUGCCCCUAGAGUAUCCAUCUAUGAUUCCUCCAUCGCUAGCUUCCUCGUCCAAGAUGGAGAUCUAUUUUUACUUAUGCAACGAUCCUGUUCUAAUCGAAGAUGGCAAAAAGUGCGUCUGGUUAGAGAACACAAGCGGGAAGAGGUGUAUCAUGUUAUCUGCGGAGAGCCUCUAUAUCAAAUGGAUAAAUGAUACUCAUUGUUGGGAUUGGAUUACUAGUCCUGGAUCUAGGUUUGAAAGAGUUGCAAAGGUUAAUGAUGUAUGUUGGUUUGAGAUUCGUGGCACGAUCAAUACUCAUGAACUAUCUCCAAGAACUCAUUACUCAUCUUACAUUGUGUUUAAAGAGGGUUUUACGGAUCUGCCAAUAGAAGCUAGAGUUGGAGUGGUUGGAAAACAAGCUUCUAAGAGAUUCUUUUGCUUUGAUGUGAGCACGGAUGGGCAGUUCUUAAAAAAGGGGAGGCGGACGUGGUACUUUGAGAAACCAAAGGAGAGGGAAGAUGGUUGGAGGGAGAUAGAGCUCGGGAGAUUCUUCAAUAAAGGAGGAUUGAUGAAUAGUGAUGAAUUUGAGAUGAGUGCUAUUGCGACCGAGUUGCGCCAUUGGAAGAGUGGUUUCAUCCUUCAAGGAAUUGAAAUCCGUCCUGCGACAAUCCAAAGGCCGAGAACAGUCGGUUGAAUACAACCGGAUCAUGUUUGGCAAUAUUGACAAUUGAUUAAGCGAUUAAGUGAAGAGAUAAAAAGAGUGUGUUUGUUUUUUUUUUAACACACAAAAACAGUGUGUUGAAUUGUGUUUAUUAUAACGUAUAAUGAUUUGGUUGAGUAA